AUGAUGGACAACAUGGACCAGCAGCAAACCACCCACACUGUAGAGGAGCUGCUGGAUCUCAUCAGACUCAGCCUAGAUGGGCAAAUCUAUGUGAAAAUGAAGAACAACCGAGAGCUUCAAGGCAGAUUACAUGCUUAUGAUCAGCAUUUAAAUAUGCUGCUGGGAGAUGUGGAGGAAACUGUGACUAGUAAAGAAAGUGAUGGAGAGAUAUAUGAAGAGAUGUACAAAUCAACAAGAAGGCAUAUCCCGAUGCUCUUUAUCUGGGGAGAUGGUGUAGUGCUAGUUGUCCCUCCACCAAGAGUUGGCUGA